AUGACCGACACCGACUCUGGGAAGCGCAAGGCCUCAGCCGCUGGCCUGGGCAAUAAUCGCCCCGUCAAGAGACGCGCCUCCAAAGCCUGCUGCUGCUGCCGUGCACGAAAAGUGCGCUGUGAUGUUGUGGAGAAUGGCUCACCCUGCACGAAUUGCCGCCUAGAUCAGGUCGAAUGCGUGGUGACGGAGAGUAAACGCAGAAAGUGCGUAAAGAGUGAUUGCAUUAUACCUGUAAACCAAACUGACCCGUGCAGGAAAUCUCGCGUUGAGGUAGAGAAUCAUUCGGAAUCCCCUGAAGCUGUGGAAGAGAACCAUUUCCAUGGCCGUUUCAAUGACCUGUCAGGGCUGGCGGAUUUGGUGCCGACCUCCCCGUCACAAGCUUCGGUGGAUCUGGAUCAGGGUCAACAUAUGCCCCAUUUACUCUACCAAAACCAGGCCACUCGCAUCGGCUCUAUCGGCUCUGUCGGCUCUGAUGAUCGCUAUCAACGUCGAAUGGCCCCCAACCCAGCAGUUCCUGCUUCAAUGCCCCUGGCCAAUGUCACCUCGCAAAUCCAGCAACUGUUAGAUCCCAGAUUUGGUAACGCCCGUUCCAACAGCGGACUCCCGGAUUACAUCCGAGGUUUGCCCGCUCGACUGCUCAAAGAAGAUAUCGAUUACUUGGCCGUCAAGGGUGCUCUGACCAUUCCGGAACCAACCCUUCGCAACGAAUUGCUGAAAAGCUACAUUCACUAUGUCCAUACGUACAUGCCCCUGCUUGACUUGGAAGAGUUUUUACAAACCAUCGUUCAGAACGAUGGUGUGCACAGGAUCAGUCUCCUGCUGUUCCAGGCCGUCAUGUUUGCCGGUGUUGCGUUCAUCGACAUGAAGCAUCUGCAGGCUGCGGGCUACCAAACUCGCAAGGCUGCCCGUAAGGUCUUCUUCCAGCGUGCCCGUCUCCUAUAUGACUUUGACUACGAGGUUGAUCGUAUCUCGCUGGUUCAGUCACUGUUGCUCAUGACUUACUGGUACGAAACCCCCGAUGACCAAAAGGACACCUGGCACUGGAUGGGUGUCAGUCUGUCCCUGGCCCACACCAUCGGCCUGCACCGGGAUCCCGGCAACUCACGGAUGGAUGUGCGUCGUCAACGGAUGUGGAAGCGGAUCUGGUGGAGCACCUACACGCGUGAUCGACUGAUCGCCCUCGGCAUGCGUCGGCCAAUGCGUGUCAAGGACGAUGACUGUGAUGUUCCCAUGCUUAGUCUCGAUGACUUUGAAUUCCAUCCCUUCUCCCCGGAGAUCGUGGCCAUGGUAGGCAACUCGGAGAUUCUCCAGAAUGUCAGCCAUCAGCGCGAGCUGGCUUUGAUGUUCAUUGAGAAAGCCAAGCUCUGCCUGUGUGUCAGUCACGUCCUCUCAGCCCAAUACUCCGUGUUGAGUCACAAAUUCGGCGGCACAAUGGAGACCACCAUGAUGCUUGUCCCGAAGAAGUCCACCGCCGAAACCUUCGAGGUACGCAGCUGUGACCAAGAACUCGAGGACUGGGUGGCCAACCUACCUAUCGAAACACAAUACAACAUGUCCAACGGUUCCAAACUCUCCGAGGCAGACGAAGUCUUGCACUCCCACAGAGCUUUGUUAAAAAUGGUCUACCUUACCACCUCAUCCGCUCUGCAUCGCCCUCAAGUCCUCCCCGCCAUGCCCUACCCAUCCACAGAUGCCGAGCUGCAAGACAUCUCCCGCAACAAGGUCCGCUUCGCCGCAGUCGAAAUCACAGCUAUCGCCCAAGAUCUCCACACCCUCGAUCUAACCCGCUACUACCCAACGACGGGUGUGACCGUUCUUCUCCCCGCCGUCAUCAUCCACCUUCUAGACAUCAAGUCCACAGACCCCACGAUCCGCAUGACCUCCCUCCAACGCUUCUACCAAUGCAUGCGCAUCCUCCAACGUCUCCGCGAAAUCUACGCAUCCGCAGACUUCGCCACCUCAUUCCUCGAAGCCGCUAUCCGAAAAGCCGGCAUCCAACUCACCGUCUCACCCCAGGACGUCUCCGACAAACCCCGCCAUACCCUCACUCCUCCGCCGGACUCCCUGGCUCAAAAGAUCCCAGAUCUCACAUACCCGCCUGCGCCCACGCGCCCCGCAGACAUCUUCGCCUCAACGCCACCUCAGUCCGACGGAUCCGAAAAUGGCAGCACCAACAACGUCAACGCACCUGCCAAGGAUGCUUUCGCUAUGCCGUCGGAAAUGAGUCUGACGGAACUGAUGGAUCUGGCGAAUGACGCCGAGGUCACACAAAAUGACUUCGAUGCUCUGAUCAACUUUGACGACCCGGCCAAUAAUGAUUUAUUCGAGGAGCCGGCGGCGGAGAAGUUCGAUUUCACUGAUAAUAUGAUGUUUGAUACGGAGCCCAAAGCGGUGGAUUUCGCUUUGGGGAGUAUUGCGACAGAAUGA